AUGACCGAAACCAAAAUCUUGGGCGCUCAGCCCUCGCGCAAGCAAUCUCCUAGUCUCACCGCCUCCAAUGGCUCCAAAGUCGACCUUGAGAUCACCGAAGGCAUAUCUAGUCCUCUCGACCAACAUCCUGGAAUGGCUUCCAUGCUCCGUAUGGGCACCAGCACAGGUGGUGUCGUCACCUCUGAAGAGUACUUCACCGAAGACGAGAAAAAAAAGCAAGAGCUCAAAGACUUUGGCUAUCACAAGUUCCGUUGGUCCUCCCUCUGGCGUCCUGCUGAAAUCAACUCGCUCAAUGGCAAGUCUUUCACCUUCCCUAUCUUCAGGAUCUUGGAUACCUAUUCGAUAUCGUUCUGGCUCGCAACGCUCGGCUUCUUUGUGGCCUUCUUGAGUUGGUUUGCUUUCAGUCCUUUGGUUCCGGAGGCAGUGAAGGAAGAUUUGCAUCUUUCAAGUGUUCAGGUGACACAUUCGAACAUGGCUUCGUUGGGUGGUACGGCUAUUGUUAGGUUGAUUGCUGGUCCAGCUUCUGAUAGGUUCGGACCUAGGAAGGUCAUGGCUACACUGCUCAUCCUCGGUGCUAUUCCAUCUGGGUUGGCAGCUGUUGUUGGCAAUGCGAGCGGUCUGUAUGCUGUGAGAUUCUUCAUCAGCAUCUUGGGUGCAACCUUCGUUACCUGUCAAGCAUGGGUGUCGACGUUCUACGACAAGUCUAUUGUUGGUACUGCCAACGCCUUUUCGGGAGGUUGGGGUAACAUGGGUGGUGGUGUCACCACAGCUGCUAUGAUUGGAUUGUUCGAGAGGUACAGGGCCGCCGGUUUGUCAUCACACCUCGCUUGGCGUGUAUGUUUCCCUACACUUCCCGUGCCUUGUCUUUUGCUGGUUGCUGGUAUGAUCCUUCUCUUCGGUAAGGACCAUCCGGCAGGCAAGUGGAGCCGGCGUCAUCAGUUCAGCGGUACCGCCAUCGCCAUCGCUCAAGGAGAGAAGGUCGAGCUUGACUCCUCCGAGCGAGCCGAGUACGAAGGCACCCAAUCCACUGCCAACGAAAAGGCUCCAGCUAAGGCAGCUCACUUCCGAGAAGCCAACCCUCUCGACGCUGACAAGCGUGUCGCCACUGUCGACACUGCCCAGUCGGAGCCCCUUACUCUCGCAAGACUCCUUAUCAUCCUCAAGGACCCUCGUGUAUGGAUGUGUAUCAUGUGUUACCUCCUCACCUUUGGUCUCGAAACGGCCAUGGACGCAGCUCUUCCCGGUCUCAUCACAACUCUCUUCUCGUCCAAUACCUUCAAUGCUGUUGACGCAGCCUACGCAGCUUCGAUGUACGGCUUGCUCAACUUGUACGCUCGUCCACUUGGCGGUGUUGUCUCUGACAUCCUCUACUCCAAGUACGGUUUGCGUGGACGGGUGAUCUGGCUUCUUGCCACUUCUUUCUCGCAGGGUGUUGCUAUGAUCGGUCUCGGCUUCUACUGCAACGACAACCCAACGCUUGGCGGUGUGCUCGCGUUCAUCUUCUUCAUCGGUACCACUGGUUUCCUUGCCAACGGUGCGAACUACGGUAUCCCAGCUAUCAUUUGCCCCUCGGCCAUUGGUACUGUUUCUGGGCUUGUCGGAGCUGCAGGUAACGUAGGAGGUCUGCUCUACUUGGCUAUCUUCUUGGCUGUUCCAGGCGUGAGAAGGCAGAAGACGCUCGGAACCAAGUUCUGGAUCGCUGGUGUGGUCAACGCUGGUGCUGUGCUGCCUUUCUUUGCUGUCUUGCUUCCCGGCAAGUACGGCAUGUGA